AUGGAUGCUGAGGUGCCUCGCAACCAUCUGGAUCUUCGUCACAGGCUGGACGCUCAGGGAAAUCGGUAUGGCAAGGUCAUCGACUACAAGAUCAGCGAGCUUAGGAGCAUCGAGCUGCUGGAUGAUCUGUGUGACGACCUGAAGAAGGACUAUGACUACAACAGCACAUCUGGUGCCUGGGAGAGCACGAGCGGGAAGCCUGCCAGCGGCGACGGACAUGCGCACACGCACAUCUGCAGCCUGGAUCGCAAAGAGAACCAGCGGCUCCUGGACAAUUACUGCGGGAUGCUGAUGGAGGAGCACGAGGACGCCCUGUCCGCUGCGCUCCGCAGCGGCAAGCUUACCGCAUCGAAUGCGGCGGAUGUGCUGUGCCGCCAGACCGCGGCCGUCUGCUCUGAGGAAGGCCUCCAGGCGCAUGCUGCCGUCGGUACCGGCGGACCUUCAGUACCAGUUUCCAGUGCAAGCAAGGUCCUCAAUGCUGAGCUGGAGUCGGCUGCCAAACCUGAGCUCUAA